GCCGAUAUUAAUGCAGUAUAGGAGAGGCACAGCCAUGCGGACUUCGUGGCUUUUUUUUGCCGUGUUCUCGGUACUCCUCUGGAAGCUGUGGGACCGUGUGCCGUUGCUUCCCGAACUUGGAAGCUUCGUCGGGUCUCUCGUGAUCAUCUUCUGGGUGUCGUACUGUUUAUCCGGCAUCCUGUGGAAGAAGUUGUUCGUCAAGCAGCUACCAGUUGACGGUAAAGCCGUUCUGAUCACAGGUUGUGACAGCGGCUUCGGACACGCACUGGCGACUCGAUUAAGUCGAGACGGGUUCGUGGUGUUUGCCGGAUGCAUCGACUCCCAAAGCGAUGGGGCCAGGGUCCUUGGCAAACAGCACAAUACGACGGUGCUCCAGAUGGACAUCACCAAAGCCGACCAAGUUGACGCUGCCUUCGAAAGAGUUCAGCAAGCUCUGGGCUCGAGAGCCCUUUGGUCCGUAGUCGCCAAUGCCGGUGUUCGAAACAAUGGCCUCCUGGAGUGGAUCACAAUGGAGAGCAUCGUGAAGAUAUUCGACGUGAACGUUUUCGGGACGCUGAGGGUCACCAAAAAGUUCCUGCCAAUGCUGAAGAAGAGCAAGGGACGCAUGAUCGUCGUCACCAGUCCAUUUGGGCACGUCACGAUGCCAAUGGGAGUGCCGUACUGUAUGACGAAAUACGCCUUGGUUUCAAUGGUCGACGGGCUACGGCGAGAAUGCAAAGGAAAGGGCGUGGAUUUCGUCAACAUAGAACCAAUCGCCUACAAAACGGCGAUCACGACGAACUUGGGUGCUCAGGCCGAGACGCAGCCAGAGCUUCAGCAACAGUCACCAGAGGUCGUGGCCAACUUCAGCGUGAAGGAAGUGCGGCGGUGGCUCGACAUGCCCAGCCAGCUCUACGAGUUGAUCUCCAGAGACGACGUCAACGAAGUGGUGGACCAAAUGGUGCUGGCCAUCGGGGAGACGUACCCGAAGACCCGCUACAUCUCAAAGUUUCGUCUGGGCGGCAUCUUGUACUACGGAGCUGCAGUAUUGCCCACUGAACUGGCGGACUUGGCAAUUGGAUUGGGUAUGAGGACGCUGCCAUUCGUGUCGAGAAUAUUGAGGACUCAUGCCGGUAAAAGGGAGUGACGUCAUCGAAGUACGUCCGAAUGGCAGGCAUAAAAAAGGAAGAACUCUCACGAUAGAGGGACGAUAAAGACAUAUGGCACUGAUAUAGCGAAGUAUGACCACAUAUGCUUCCAUGAGGAAGAUAAAUAACACAUUUGUAUCGGUGUACAGUCUUUUAGGUAGGGUUCUGCAGCCCGAUGCCCGCUGCAUAGCGGACAUGCCAUUAGAUCAGCAGCAAAUAUGAAAACGUAACAAUGCUUAAUUCAACGUGACUUAACUCAGCGAGCCAUCAGACUAGAUAUGCAACACACACACUCUGGUUAAAGAAACUGAAACAGGCCCGCAACAAAGCUUUGAGUCAAUAGAAUUACUACCUUGUUAGUUUUCUGGACAGCGAGUCUACGAUCUACUUUACGGAUUGUAACUUUUUGUUGAUAAUUAUGUCCACACGAAGCAUGAAACGUGUGCCUGAACUCCGAACGAUCUCUUUAUGAAGUGAGAUUCCCGAAGCCGAUAAAAAAUUGUAGCUCAUGAGCUCGGUCGUAAGUACUGAUCCUCCGGAAAAACUCUGAAGUCGUCAGAUCCACGUAACAACACUCUUAGCAUUGUGAUCUCGACGUGUUCUUGUAUUGUGCGAAGAAACAAAGUAUUUCCAAUGGGAAAAAAACUGCCAUAUUUUCCUAGCUUUCCAUGCUGCCAUGCAGUUGUUGUGUUGUUAUUGUGUUGUGUUGUUAUUGCACACCGGCGUCUUGACCCUGCAAUGUGCCAAUAAAGAAA